AUGCAUUGCCAGCCUGCGCCGCCGCCCUUCCCACGACCGUCCGAUCGCCCCAUGAUGCAGAACCAAAAUCACCACCCAUCCCCGACGCAGUCAUACAGCGGGCACCCUUCCUCGACGACGCAGACCCAGCAGUCGCACCACGCUCCCUUCGCAGCCGAUCAGCACACCGGGCCUCAACGAGAUGCCUUCUUCGCGACCGCCGCCCAACACGUGCGACGGAGCAGCCAAGAAGCGCCUGGCGCAGACGACCCACGGCAACAAAGCCAGAGUGAAGGACGAGGCCAAGGUGGUUGGCCCAACACAGGUACGGACGAUUGCAUUCUUCACGUCUCGCAGAGGCAUUGUGGCAAGCACUGCGGCGUCCCUUGGGGACUCCUAGGAAAACACAAUGGCGAGCGACGAGUCGCUGUUGGCAUCUGCGAUGCAUGCUGCCUGCGUGACACGUCGACGGCGGUAGAAGCUUUGGAGACAGGCGUAUGGCACAGUAGUGGCUGGCCAGGGCCCUUACUCCACACUUCACCGCCUGUUGCGACACCUGCACCAGUCCUGCCACGCAAAUGCUGGCAACGGCUCCCACUUGUGCCACGCCCGCCUCCAUUUCGCACCGCCAUCAUUACAAGCUGGUUCUGGAUGCGCACAUGGCAUCAUGCUCAGUCUUCUGGUCUGCCGCCGCCGCCGCCAUCCAUGACCGCCUCCAACCAUCCUCCGCCUCCAUCGCCAUACGGCUACGAUGCUGCGCGACGACGCUCGCUCACAGGAGGUAGCCCGCCAAACCCCUAUGCCUCACCUCACGAUCCUCCGCCCCCUCCUUCCUUUGCGCGACCGCAAAUGCCACCACCCUCAUCGCCUCCGCAGCAGCAGCAGCAGCAGCAGCAGCCGCUUCACGCGUCGCAAGCGCAGCGCCCGCCCUACGCAUCCAACUUUGGCGCCAACCGAGACCUCCCGGGCCUGGGCCAGGCGAUGCGACCAGGGAGCAGUAUGUCCAUUUCGAGUCUGAUUGGCGGCGGUGACACAGUUGCGCCCGGCCAGGCGUCACAAUCACAGCCGUCACCUCCCACAAACGCAUCUUCGUUGAACAGUCACAGCAUGCAGCCUCCGUCGCCUCGACGCAGCUUGUUGUCGGGACCGCGGUCAGAGUUCGCUCCCUUCAGACGCCAGCCAUCGCCCGAUCGCAAUAACAUGUACGGAGCCAACCCCUCCAAACCUUCUGAUGCCCACAGCUUUCCCGGUGGCUCGCCCCGGUCGUACAGCAACCAGGCAUCUCCGGACCCAGGCCGUCAGUCGUUACCUCCCUCUUAUACCCCCUACAAGCUUUUCGGCCAGUCCAUCUCGCGUGAGUACCCGUCAGGCGGUGCGGGGCAACGCCCUUCUGGCAGUACACCUCCUCGGCCGAACAGCCAGCCCACAGGCCCACCAGAAACGCGAGAGCAAGAGCGAAGACCGAACUUCGACGGCUUAAGAGGACGUCGCGGCGCGUACGAACCCCUGGAAGAGCGCCGACGGACGCUGGGAGAGUCUCACCAUGCGAGACCCAAUGCUGCUGAGCCCUUGGCCGGUGGGCAGAGUAACACAGAAAGAGACCGACCUGUCACUGUACAUCCCGUAUCGCAAAACGUCUUUGGACCACCUGCCGAGGACCACAGAACGUCCGGGUCAACCGAGCCACCACGAGGUCCUUGGCGAGAGGCUCUGCGCGAGGCAAUCAAUCAUCGUCGAGAGGAGCCUUCAUCAAUCCAUCGUGCCUACGGCCAAUACCCCUCUCCCGCGCUCGGGGCUCCACGCUAUGGUGGUCCGGGCCCUGAAGACGUGCUACGAGGGCGUAGUGUAGAUCAUCUGAGCAACCGCGUCGUCGAGCAAUAUCAUGCGCCUCCUACAUCAGAUCCGACGUCGACUGAGCGUCAUCGCACCGAGCCUCUAUCCCGCUCUUUGUCCUCAGGUGGGCGAUCCUUGUUUGAUCAGCCGCAGAGGAUGGGUGAGGCUAUGCAACAAUCGAAAUCCCACAUUGGAUUUGGCUUAGACGCUAGCCGACGAACUGGACGUGCUUCUCCCUUGCCACAGGCUGUGCAAGGUGCCCAGGCACAGCCCAUGAUGAGUGGAAAAGAUCCUGGUAUCAAGAGCGAGUUUGGUCGGAUGUUUUCCGGCCUGGGCAGUGGUCUGGGCUGUUCCACGCCAUCGCGUGGCAGUCCACUACCACAAAACGGUUCAGGCUCAUUCUCUCAUGACACAGAGUCUGAUGUACACAGGGUCCAAAGAGUCAACUCACAACAGGGCCGAAAGACAAAACGUAUCAAGGACGAAGAAGGCAUCUUCGAUGUCGAUAGCAAUGAUGGAAGAGGGACCACUCCCUCAGGCACUCGUGGUGUUAAGCGGAACAAACAUCACCACCAUACACCGCACCAUCAUCACCACCAUCACCAUCAUCACCCUAAGCCAGAUGAGGAGGUGAACCUUUCCACGAGUUCUACUCCACUUAAUGGAAGACAGCCGGGCCUUGCACAGACGGGUGCUAGUCAGCCAAUACACCAUCACCACCACAUACAAGGGACGCCUCAUCACCAUCACCACCAUCAUGUACCCCGGGGCAACCAGUCAUCCGUCCCUGCUGCGAAGAUGGCGGUCAAAGUACACGAUGUGCAGCCUGUUCUCGAUGAAGCUGCUAAGAAGCCUCGUAGACAUCUUGGAUCACAUUUGUACGAGGCUUCCACCAGGUUACCUAGACCCAAUUCGUCGGUGGAUGAUCAGUUCGGCUAUGCAUCGAAGCCGAAGCGACUGCCACGCUUCCAUGCCGACCCGAUCAAUUGCACGUUUACCAUCAGAGUACCCAGAUUCUACCUCAAGCCUCGCCAACGCCAGCACAUUGUUCUGGAACGCCAUCUCUGGGGCGCACGCAUUUACCGAGAUGAUUCGGAUCCUAUUGCAGCUGCGAUACACUCUGGUUGGAUCAGAGGGGAGUGGGAUGAGACGGUCGAUGUUUCGAUGCUGGACCCGCGCAUCACUGCCCCGAAUGACCCAAGUGAUGCCGAGGAAACGCUCACAAAGGUGCCGGCCGCCCCUGUAACCCCUCCCGCAGACAUGGACUUGCAAAUCGAGAUUCUCAUCCUCCCUCAACUCCAAAAGUACACUGGAUCGGUCGAGUAUGGCAUCUCAAGCAGGAAAAGUACAGGCCACGAAGGCCUCAGCUUCAUGAUCAAUAAGAUUCGAUGGGUAGAAGAUGGCAUUGGAAGUCGCGGUCAAGAGCGUACUGCCGCAGCUCUGAAGCGUCGUCUUGAUGCAAGUGCAACGCUGCUCGCGUUGCAGAGUGGAGUAGACGACAACAUGCGCUUCAGCAACAUGGCGAGACUACACGCAUGA